GCCACUUUUGCAGCAAGAUGCACCAAAGCACACUUACCAAUCACCCCCAUCGUGCAGCCACAAUGCGCUACAUUGCCCUCUGCAUUCCGCUCAUCAUUGCCUCCAUGGUCCUUGCCCUCGUCACUGUUGCAGAGGCUCGCACUCUACCAGACGAGUCCCCUGCCUCCUCUGAGCUUUCCCAUCGUGCCAACACUGUCUCGGUGCCGGGAGCUAGCAACUUCGUCGUUGGUAGCAUUGUUGGCCAGCCCCAGACGACGAGAUACUACGAUUUCGUCGUCUCCGAGAUGAAGGGUGCUCCCGAUGGCUUCACUAAGAACAUGCUCGUCGUAAACGGAGUGUUCCCUGGUCCGACUAUCGAAGCUAACCAAGGCGAUCGGCUUGUUGUGAAGGUCACGAAUCAGAUGUCGAACAGGACAUCAAUCCAUUGGCACGGCAUACUUCAGAACGGCACAAACUACUACGAUGGCACGGCAGCGAUCACGGAGUGUGGUAUCCCGACCGGCGAGUCGCUUACUUACGACUUCUUGGUUGAUACUUUCUCAGGCACGACCUGGUGGCAUCCUGAUGAACCUUGGUUUCUAGAUGGUACGGAGUACACCGACGGCAUCGAAGGCGCGCUUAUUGUUCACCCACGGUCCUACCCUCCCCACUUCCCUACCUGGGACGAAGACCUCGUUAUUGAGCUGGCCGAUGUAUACCACACCUUCAGCGGCAUCAUUGCUGCGGAGCUUACCGGGGGUACCGGCUCCCUGUCGCCACUUGAAGUUCAGUUCUCGGACAGUGGUGUUAUCAACGGCAUCGGUCAAUACAAUGGCAGUACCAACUACUUUAAUUUUGACUUGAAGCCGAACAAGACUUACCGCCUGCGCCUCAUUAACGAAGGCUCCGAGGCCGAAAUCCGCUUCUCCGUCGACCACCACCCACUAACCGUCAUCGAGGCAGACGGUACGCUCAUCGAGCCCCAGACCGUCACUGGCGUCACGCUCGGCGUCGCGCAGCGCUAUUCGGUACUUAUCACCACGAACCAGACCGCAGAGCCCCAAGGAAACUAUUGGAUGCGCGCUGAGCUCAUUACCUUAGGCACCCUUCCGGGUAGCAACUCGGACAUUCGUGGAAUUAUCAGAUACGGAAACAGCAAGUCCCUGCCGACAGCUUCGACAGACCCUGGCGUGCCGGGUUCUGGUCUCUCUGACCUCGAUACCGCGACACUUGUGCCGGCCAUCGUGAAGACGCCGCCAAACAGUACCAAGUCCUACGUCGUCCACUUCACCCUCGCCAUAUCAACUGAUGGUGGAGCGAUUGCGUUCAUGAACGGCACGAGCUGGCAACCGCUCACAAAUACGUCAACUCUGUCCCAGAUUGCUCAGAAGGGCCAGUCCUUCGCCCCGGAGGGCCCUAGCGUGCAGUUCGGCGAUCAGUUCAUGAUCACUGAAGACUCCAUCGAGGUCGUUGAUCUUUUGCUGGUGAACGACGGCCCCGGCGAGCACCCGUUCCACUUUCACGGCCAUACGCCGUUCAUCCUGGGCUCCAACACGGGCAUAUUUGACGGCACUGGACUCAACACCGUGAACCCGAUGUACCGCGACACUUACUUCGUCCCCGGCACCGGCUGGCUCCUGCUACGCUUCGUUACGGACAACCCUGGAAUCUGGACCUUUCACUGCCAUAUUGCCUGGCAUAUGGCCAUCGGUCUGCUGAUGCAGAUCAACAGUCUGCCAUCCAAGGCCGCGAAGUUCGACAUCCCUCAAACUAUUAUCGACCAGUGCCGCGUCUGAGCAUUGGUACUGCCCCGAUACUGUGGAAUGGACUCUGUAAUAUUUAUUGCUACCGUGAUAGGAUCUAUGGACUAUCUUUGUGACGCUCGCUGGUAUUACUACGUGGUGAUAUAUGUUGUUGUCUGAUAAUGUAGUAUGAUAGCAGGAAACUACUUGCGCUUGUCAUCU